GGUUAUGUUUGAUUUGUAUUGGAUAAACAUUGUUCCACAUGCAGAAAUAUGACGGAAAAACCGCCGAUAAAAUUGCUCAGUGCAGCCGAACUUAUUGAAAAAGUGAAUUUAUACGAAACCAUUGAAGCUGAUAUUUUGAUACGAGGAUUGAAAGCAUCAUUUCCAAAGAAUACAGACGAAGAACGAGCGGCAAUCAAAUCAUACCAAGAUGAUCUGCGUAAAGUGUUAUCAAUGGAGAGAAUUGCAAUACGGCAUGAACGAUCGACGGCUGUCAUUGAAUACGGUAAAAUACGAUUGACCAAGAAACAAGGAAGAUGGGAUAUAUUUCAAUCAUCCGGACAAUAUUUAGAGCCCCAUUUGGCAUUAUUCUUAAUAGAAAUCAAUAGGCUUGAGGUAUACCUGGGCAAAGUGAUUGUAUCGUUAGAGAGAGCUUAUCAUAUGUUUCUCGCACACGACAAUAAUUCCGAACAUGAUCGAAAGGAAAAUGACAAAUUGACCCAAUCGGAAUAUAUAAUUUUUGCCCAUUUCAUGCGCUUCGGAUGUAAUAUCAGACGAUUCAAGAAUGAAUGUGUAACUGUAUCAUCUGAGAGUAAAAGUAAUGCUAACGAUGCAACGCAGUCAGAUGCAGACAUAGAAAAAUUAUACGUUUGGAAUUAUCUGUACGAAUUGCUUGGACAUAAUAAAUCUGUAAUCACAUCCAAAUCACUUGAUACGAAUCGUUACAAUGCUGUGAAAAAUUCAAUGAACGCCACAAUUGAGAAAAUUAAAAACCCAAAUGACGGUGAUGAUGACGUCGAAUCGAGUAAAACAAAUGUAAAUAGCGUUGCCGAAACCGGUGACAAACGAAAAAUUGACUGUAAAACCGGAGAACCAGCCUCCAAACUAAAUCGAAUAGACCAUAAACGAAACACGGUUGAACAGUAUUUUGGAAGUGGAUCGACCAAUGAUUUUAUGGUGGGAAAUACAUUUCAACGGUUUAAGCAAAUUUUCGAUCAAAUCGAUUAUAUUAAAGUCAAGCAGCCCGAAUCAUUUGUGGACCAAAAGCCAAUCAAUGAAAAGAUUUCAUUUGAUUUGUGGGCAUCGUGUGAUCAUCGAGAGCCACAGCUCAAAGGUCCCGAUUUUCGUCUAAUUGUCUUACAACCAUCUAAAUCACUUCCCCAUAAUGAUGAUAUUUUUCGACUCUACAAUAGUUUAGUACAUAAGUCAGCAAUUGUUUUGGUAUGCAUUAAUAAGGAAAUGUCAUUUCAGGCAUAUGUUUAUCGGUUUACAACCUAAAAUUAAGCAUUUUCAGCUUUGAAUCGAUGAUUUUCUCUAUCCAAAUCUGUGGAUAUAAAAAAAACUGAACGAAAA